AUGUCUACUCUUUUGGCCAUAACUUUUGAUAGGAAAAUUGCAUUAACGCAAGGUGUGCGGCUUUUGCUAGACUUCAAGAGCUUUCCAACGGCACCUACAGUUCCCAAAAUGUUUGAGGACUUAUUAUCUGAUAAGCAUGGGGGGACUAUCACAGUUCCUAAGUUAGGAGACCCCGGUGAUUUCAGUAUUCCUGUUACUAUUGGAGGUGUUCUAAUAAAUAAAGCUUUAUGUGACCUGGGUGUAGUUGUGAGUUUGAUUCCAUAUUCAUUGUAUAAGAAGUUAGGAAAUGUUGGUGAACUAGCCCCCUAUGAGACUAAACUGCAACUUGCCGACUAUAGUCUAUCUACCCUAAGGCGAUUUUGA